AUGGAUGUGAUUGAGGGCGAAGUUUGUCAUAACCCCAAUCCAACCAUUCGUGAGCUAAACGAAAAAGCCAUCAAGACUCUUUAUGACCUACUUGAUGGCUUGGUCGAUAAGACUGACCCUGCUAUGGUUACUGCAGUUACUGAUGCUAUUGCUAAACUCAAUACAUCCCUAAGGAAUUCAGAUAUUAUUCCACCAGAAGAAACUGCAGCAGAAAGACAAGAACGAGAAACUAGAGAAGCGUUAGCUAAUGCUAUGAGAGGCAAGGCACUAGAACGUAACGGCAUUGAUGUUGAUAUAGUCGAUUAUAUUGAGAUAGACAAAUAUGCUGUGAAGAGUUUUAAUGCUAUUCAUGGUACGAAUUUUGAACCACAAGAUAUUACUAAGUGGGAUAAAGAUAUUGAUGUGGAUUUAAUAAUGCACGGCUCUCCGUGCCAGGAUUUUUCUGCAGCUGGUUUUAAUAAAGGUGGUGACAAAGAUAGUGGAACUAGGUCAAGCUUGAUGUACGAAACACUUAGGAUUGUAGAAAAGCUAAAGCCUAAGUAUGUUAUUUGGGAAAACGUUAAGAACCUAUUGUCUAAGAAGCAUAUUCAUAACUUCGAGGCAUACCAAGAUGUUAUGGAUGAACUUGGAUAUGUUAACCAUUUCCAAGUCCUAAACGCUAGGAAUUAUGGUAUUCCGCAGAAUAGAGAACGUGUAUUUACUGUAAGCAUUAGGAAAGAUCUAGAUACUGACUAUAAUUUCCCAGAGACUAUACCAUUAGAUAAGACUAUUAGGGAUUUAUUAGAGCCAGUCGUGGACGAAAAGUUCUUUCUAAAAGUUGAAAAUGUUGAACGCAUGAAAAGCACUGGCUAUCACAGUAGCACUUAUGAAUACAGAGUCCAAGGGGACAUCUGCAGAACAUUGUGUGCUCGUGACUAUAAAGAUCCAAAAUGUAUUGAAUUACCUGGUGCAUACGGUAGGAGUUUUGGAAGUAGAGGCAAAAUUCAAGAUGCCGAUGGUGUUAGCUGUACAUUAUUAGCUGAUAUGGGUACUGGUGGUGGAAACGUGCCACUGGUAAUACCAGAAACUAAUGUUAGAAAACUCACUCCACUAGAGUGUUGGAGACUUAUGGGGUUUGAUGAUAUUGAUUAUUACCAGUUGAAGCGUGCUCUCACUGGAGAUUUGGAAGGGUUUAGGUAUUUCUUUGAAAACUGUAUGCAAUUGCAGGAUAAAGAGACUAGGCAACUAAUUUACCCAAAGCUAAACAGAGGACAGGAGUUAAUCGCCGAUACAAUUUUGAAACACGUAGCAAAGGAUACUCGUGCUGAAACACACAAGGAAAUCGUUAUUUGUGGUCCACGUCAGUUUGGUAAGUCUACUUUGAUUACGGCAAUAUCAAACUAUAUGGCUGCGUAUGUUUCUGGACUAGAGCGUAGUAACAUAGUACAAACUUUGCACGUUGGAGGAGCUGUAGAUAAAUUCUAUCGUCAGAAGAUGGCUCCACUCGUAACUGGUGUUCACCCAGAUAUUUUUCCAACUAUUGAGAGAAAUACACUAGGUCCGUCAACCCAGUUAUUUUAUAAAGACGUUAAAGGUAUACCUAGGGGUAGUUAUUAUGAAAUUAUCUCUGCUGGUUCAAACUCUGUUCGUUCUGGUACUGUAACGGUUUGGUUAUGUGACGAGCCUUCAGAAUAUCGUAAUCCACAGAUGACAGAAGAUGCUAUCUCUGGUGCUAUCCCAGACCAUGGCUUUUCAUUCACCGCAUAUAUUGGUACGUUCUCUGACCGUGUGUCGUCUUACUUUAUUGAUAAGAUUCAAACAGCUCUAGACAACCCAGACGAAAUGGAACUAAUCUUCGUUCCUUGGUUCUUGGUGUAUGGCGGCGAAGAAGAUGUAUUAGACUUUACCGAAGAUCAGUACAAUGAUUAUGACAAGAACGUAAUUCUACCAGAACUUAUUAAACAUGGAUUCUCAGGACGAGAAGCACUAGGCAAGGUUGCUUGGUAUCAUAGACGUGCUCUUCGUACAUCACAUAUGAGACAUGAAUUCCCAACAUCAGUAGCUGAUAUUAUGUCACUGACUGCUGAUAGGUGCUUCUUCUCUCAAGAAUGUCGUGAUAUGCAAGAAGAUAAUAUCUUUGAAGGCACACCAAUGCGUAUUGUGACUGACCAGUUUACUAAAAAGCCAGAGAUGCAGAAAACUGAUUUCUCGUCAUUCAAAGUAUUUGUUCCACCAAAAGAAAGACACAAGUAUAGGUUGGUAGUUGAUGCUAUUACAUCAGUGUCUGGUGAAUCGGAUUUCUUCUCUAUGAUGGUCUUUGAUGAAUCAAACAAUGAGCAGUGUGCAACAUUUUAUGAUAAUGGCUUAGCACUUGAAGAUUAUGCAGAUUAUGCAGUGCAGAUUGCUAAGAUUUAUAAUCGUGCUAUGAUUGUGCCCGAACAGAAUAUGGCUGAAGGUUUUAUCGCCUUAGUAUGGGAAGGACAACGAUACUAUAACUUUUACUUUGUAGAUAACUCUGCGAGAGCAAAGAAAACUCCAGGCAUUAGAACUACCGCUAGCUCUAGAACUGCUAUGCUUGAUACACUUACAUUGUUGCUAGAAAGCGGUCGUAUUAUCAUCCAUGAUAGAGCCACUAUAGAUGAAAUGUCUACGUUUGAGCGUAAGGUCAAAAAGCGUAAUGAUGGGACUGAAACGGUGCGUAUUGAAGCUAGGGCAGGUAAGCAUGAUGACAGGGUAUCAAACCUUUGGAUUUAUUCUGGAAGCUUGGAUAGAAGUCAGAUUGCUGGAAAGAAAAGCUUUGGGUGGACUGUAAUCUAA